AUGAAUGUCAGUACAAGUGCAUUGGGCGUUAGAAGGAGGAAAGUUGCUACACAGAAUAUUGACGACGAAGAGAAUGCAGCGGUUUUGAAACUAGGUCCUGAAUUUCAAUUAACUCAGAUAACAAACUCUGGAGAGGAGCAGCAGUUGAUAGCCCUCAAUCUAUCCGAGACGAGAUUGUUAAUUAGAGCAGCUUUGAAGGAACGAAAGAAGAGUCAAAAAGCCAAAAGUCGUGGUCGUCAACUGUCCCAAGCGGGCACUGAUGAUGCGAUGAAUUCUGACUCAGAUGAGGAUGACGAUUAUAACAACACUAAAGAGGAUGAGAUUUCCAAUAUGGAACUAGCAGGACCAAACCUGAACGAAAUCAUACACAAGACAUUAAAUUACUUAACCAAUUUCGCCAGAUUCAAGAAUAGGUCAAGCUGUGAAACGGUUGAGAAGCUUCUCAAUGAUUUCAAUGAACAUUGCAAGGAGCAUUUGCAUCCUUUUGAAAUUGCGCAAUUGGGAACUUUGGAAUGCGAGGAUGCUGAGGAAGCAAAGAGUUUGAUACCGAGCUUACAGAAUAAAGUUUCAGACGUCCAGUUGCAAAGUUUGUUGACUGAGUUGAGGAAAUACCAAACAUUGACGUAA